CAAUAUUCCCUGGAGAGAUGAGGCGAUCUACACUGUGAUCUUCUGCAUCAUCUUUCACUUUCUCGCCCACCAAAAAUUUUACGUACAAUUUCUCCAGAGAAGCAAAAAGAAGUUUCAAGGGAUCAUUUUAUGGCAGUUUCUCACUAACCCGCUAUUCUCACUUUAUUUUUGCACACGAAAAAAAAGUCCCUUCUUCUUCUCUUAUACUGAAAAUCUUCAUCCAGGUACAACGUGAUUGCCCCCAAAAACUCACACAAUCACACCACAGGUGGGCGCGGUAAUAAUCGUAAGAAAUAUACCAGAGUCGGAAUUGAUGUUUCUGUGCAUAUACAUUUUAACAAACUCCAAGAAGUGGACUUGUAAAAAAGACAAGAAAUCAGUCUUAUAGCAUAAGCUUACCUGAGUUUCUCAAGCACACCAUGAAACUUCGUGGUUGAAGAGAGACAGAACCGUCAGCCCAAGCUCCAUGGCAUAUUGAGAGUCAAUAAGAGGGAGUGAGAUUGCAGGCAGUUUGGAAGCGAAAGGCGCCCAAAACAUUCGAGCUCUGGGAGUUGUCGCUGUGUGAACUACUCGACAGUUUCAUUCCAUUUGAGUUGUCGACUCGAAACGGCUGUGCGAUUAUUCCUCCCCUGGAAAUAUACAAUCUUAUUUAAAUAGUAAUUUUAUUGAAAAAAAUAUUUUCACAAUAUUUUGUGUAUUUCUUAGCAAACAACAAAAAAAAUUAAAAACAGUGAAAUUCGGUCAAGUGGAAAGGUGUCUUCUACUAAGUGCUUAAAAAGAACUUUGGGCGUUCUUUGCCAUUCUCUUCUUACAAACAUUUUCUUUUCGGCUUCCCUUGUGGACACCUCGAGGAAACGGCCAACACAUCAAAGUUCGUGGCGAGGCAGAAAAAGCCCCCCAGCACGCCAAGAGUGAGAGAGUCACGCCAAAUGGACAAAGGAAUAGUGUUUGUGUAUUUUUGCACUCUGAAAGUUUGAAUGUGAAAAAAAAAGAACUGAACAGAGAGCGCAAAAGAGUUGUUCAUUUUAAAUAGCACUUUUUUAACGGUACUACCACCGCACCAAAGAGAAGUCGCAAGUGAUGCCGUCAUUGUGCUCAAACCACACCGUUUUAGUAUCAAUUUGUGGCCUUUAAGACGAAUUUACUGGAAAGAUUCUAUAACUUAUCUGUGUAUUUUGUGUGUCUAUUAGUGCGGCAUCUCCACUUCUUUAAACUAUCUACAAAAGCAACAAACUUCUGGAAUUUUACCACCUUCCUCACACAUCUCCAAAGUGCACACCUUUUAGGCACAAUUUUUGCAAGAAUGUGAAUGAAGGCGGAAAAUUGUGAGGCAUUUGAAAAUAGAAAAAAUUUUCCAUUCCAAUUCUUCUUCAGUGCGACAAAAGAGAAAGAGAAUUUUUGUUGGUGAAAAUUCAAAAAAAGAAAUACACUCUGUGGCACAUUGUGAUUUUUAUUAACGUGAAUAAAUUAGCGUGUCAGUGUGUCUCAAGUGUAGGAAGAGUGAAACUAUUAAUCCGAAAGUGAAUUUCGUGUACGGAAAACCUUCAACGCAAUCGUGGAAAAAAUGGAUACAAAAGUGUUUGCUAAAUUCCUGAUAAACAUUAUCAUGAUAACAGGUUCUCUGACGCUUGGACAACAAGUGGACGUGACACCACAGCAAGUAAUUGCACGCGUGGGUGAACCUGCAUCAAUUCUGUGUCGUGCCGGACGACAAAUUCAGUACUGUCGUAUUGAGAUCGUUGGCGAGAGGGUGCUCAACUUGGCCCCAAAUUGGAAACAACCACCUGGCUUCACCUACAAUGGUGAGGGCCUCCAAGCGGGUCAGUGUGGCGUGACGAUUGAACGAGUUAAACCAUCAAAUCACGGACCCGUGAGAUGCUUCUUAGGCGUUGAAGGAGACGAAAUUAGAGGCACAGCUGAUCUCGUAGUUGCACUCGAACCGCAACGUCCACAAUUGGAAAUUCUGUCCCAAGGACGCAAUGGUGCCUUCGAAGUAGACACAGAAUUCCAAGCUAAAUGCAUUUCACAUGAUGGACGACCACCGGCCAAUAUUACAUGGUAUCUUGACGAUGAGCCCCUAUUUGAUGGGCUAACUAUGCCUGAGGUUGUGGAAACACACGACCGAAACAAUGCUACCUUGUACACCGUUGUUCAAGGAAUUCAACGCUUCAUUCGCGUCGAUGAUGAUCGACGCAAUCUCAUCUGCCGUGCCAAUCACUUUUCCUACCCACAAGGUUACCUUGAUUCUAGGAUACAGCUUCUAGUAAGAUACCGACCACAGCCCCUUCCCCUUGUCAAACUCUACGGACUUAUCCUGGGCAGUACAGGACUCAUUAAUGUAACCAUAAGAGCCAAUCCUCGGCCCCUGAGUGAAUGGCAUGUGUCUGGAAUGCAAAUUCAGCAAGGCACAAGGAAUGGACGAUACGAAGCUUAUGAACCUCAAGAUCUCGGACGUGGAGAAUUCAAUGUGGCUCUCAGCAUUGCUGGACUCACACUCGAGGAUACAACAAAAGACUACCUCCUGAGGGCUAGUAAUGAAUUCGGCACUCAGGAUUACCAAGUGCGAAUUAGUUCCUCAGAGGCAGCUCCUGCCGCUGGACUGGGUGUCGGACCAAUAAUUGGAAUAGUCGUUGGAGUGCUCGUUAUCCUCAUCAUCAUUGGUUUGAUUGUCGUGGCACGUGCAACAGGACGUUGGUGUUUCUCAGGUUCACUUAACACUGACAUUGGUCCCGAUUCUGAGGCCCAAAUUGCUCCAUCCCACCAGGAUGAAGUGGACGACGAAGGAAAGCACCAUCCAGAUGCAGCUGAGGCCGAAGAACAUGACCACGAUAAGACAAGAAAUGGAAAUCCCGUUGAGAGUAAAACCAACACUUCAGUCUGAUUUUGCGCAAAUAUUCAAAAAAUUUAAAAGGCACUCUUUUAAACAAAAGAAUUAUAGAGAAUCUCGAUAAAAAAAAAACACGCUAUUAAUAAUAAUUUCUAUAUUGAAAAUUUAUUCCAUCCAAAUUGAUGAAUUUUCUAAUAAUUACCGUGUUCAAUAAAUGUCUUUUUUUUUGUAGAAAUGCUAAGCAUCGAAAAUAGUCUUAAUUUGCCUUUCUUUGUGUACAACAAUUUUUAUUAGAUGUGUGUGUAAAAACGAGUCCAUAAUUUCUCUUUCGUAGAAGAGAAAAAAUAAGUAGGUAAAAAUGAUUAAUUUUACUAAGGUAAUAAUCUCAUCGAGAGCAAAAAAGAGACCAUAAAUAAUUCUCCCAAACGAAUCUCUUCCACCAAUUUAUUUACUCUCAAUAUAAGUAUAUAAAAAUUUAAUAUACUUUUUCCAAUAUUCUUUUGACUUUUCUUUUUUAUAAACUUAGUGUGAGAGCGGUGAGAAAAAUGUACAAUUUUUAAUUAAAUUUAAUAUUCGUGAUCUUGGACCAUAUUUUUUUUUAAAUGUAAGAAAAAAAUAUUACAUGUAGUAAUUAGUACGGUUAGUUGUAAAAGUAUCUUGUAUUCAUUGUAAAGUAUAACAGUUCUCUUGUAAACGAUGGAAUCUCAUUUCAAUUCUCAUAAUCUCCUUAUUUUUGGACAAUGACACCCCGUAAGACUAGAAAAACAAAAUAUAAUUAAAGAAAAAAGACAAGAAAUUCAUGACUUUAUAUUGUGAAGAGAGAACUCUACUUAAUCACAAGCUAUUUAUAAACAAAUAAAUUUUGUUAAAUACAACA